UAAAAUGAUUUGAUAUGAAAAAUCGAAAUUUUGAUGAUAUUUAUACGAAAUUCAUAAGCAAACCAGACCGAUAGAAAUGGAAGUUUGAAUUGAUUUUUCCGAAAUUAUCUCACAGUUAAACUCGUGUUGGGUCACCAAUCACCAAUGCCUAUGGAUUCCUCGUACAUAUCUCCUCUUAAACCCUAUAAAUAUUUCUUGAUUUCAAUCUCAAAUUCAUCCAUCACAUUUUACUAAAUAUUUUCAUAUUCGUAAAUAAAGUCAUUCCUUUCCCUUUUACUCUUUAACUUUUUUUUUACAUAAAAAACAAAAAUGGCAAAGAUUGCUUUGGUCAUUGUUUUGAUCUCAAUGAUCGUGCUUGUUUCAAUCCAUUCCGUCGUUGGUGACACCGCCGCAACGUCACCUACAGCAUCAACAGAAUCAAACGCCGCAAAAGCUGAGGCACCAGGUCAUGAGGGACACGAUAAUUCCAAUGAAUCAUGGACCGAUUGGGCUAAGGACAAGAUCAGCGGUAUUGGGGGCAUGUUCGCUUCUUCACCAUCAUCGGAACCAGCAUCGGAACCAGCACCAACACCAGCAAGCUCAUCAGCGGAAACACCCGAAGUCAAGGUUUGAGCUGAACCUGUAGCCACAAGAUUGGUUUAAGAUGGGAUAUCAAAGCCUGGUUCUCAUCCUAUAAUAUAGAGAUUGAUGGGAAAAGCACUAUCCCUAUCACUAUCAGUACUUUUUUUUUAUUUUUUAUUUUUGCGAUCAAACCUUUUUAUGUGGUUUGAACCCAUUGUUAAUAAAAUGUUAUAAUAAUAACAACAAUGCCAAUAUUAUUAUCUUUUCA